CAUCCCGCCCGAGAUGUCUUCAUUAUUAUCCCCCUGAUCCAGUGACAGCCCCGUCGUCAGCGUCUGAAGGAUGGUGCUUUCACUCCCGUGUAAGUGUCUUCGUCGUGCGCUGUCUUCUGUCAGGCGAUACGGCUGCUUGGCCAACGCAAAUUUAAGCGGCAUCGGUGCAGCCUGCACACAGCAACAUCCGAGCUCCCCUCACUCUGAUCAUCAGCAUCAUCAUCAUCAUCAGCAGCAGCAGCAGCAGCGAGGAGGGAGAUAUAACCAUCAUCUGCGCGAGGGCAAAGGAGUCACGACCACGCGUCACACAAUGUAGAGCAAUAAAACAAACACAAAAAAAAGGUGUGGUAGGAGCCAGGUCUCUGUGGUGGUGAAAUCACAUUUCACACUUGAGGUUGGUUAUUGUGGACAUCCAUUUGCGGCAACAAGACCUCAACAUGAGCAAUUCCCAGGUUCCUCCCCACGCUGGCGUCUCAGAGCUGGAGGUCAUCUCCCAGCAGGUGGAAGAGGACAACCAGUGCGUGGCCCCCGUCCAACUGGUCAGCUUUGCCUACAGAGACUUGCCUUUGGCUGCCCUGGAUAUAUCCCUUGCUGGUUCCCAGCUCAUCUCGAACCCAGAUGAGGAGGACAACAGAGAUGGGUCGAACUGGCUGAAGCCAUGCUGUGGGAGAAGAGCGGCGCUGUGGCAGGUGUGUUUGCUGUCAGCGGGCUUCAACUGUUUCCUGGUGGCUUGUGUCAUCCUGGUGGUGCUGCUGCUGAUGCUGGAGCUGCUCAUAGACACCAAGCUGUUGCAAUGUGAGUUACAGCAACAAAGUCAUGUCGAGUGAAACA